AUGUCAAACUUAUCUCGGAGCAGUCAAUCAUCAAGAAGUUCUUCUCAAAAACCUAAUACAAAAAGACCUUAGAGAGACAAAAGAAAGAAGAAUAACUCUGAUGAAUAUGACAGUCCCAUUGAAGAUGAAGAUGUAUCUUAAUAUGAGGGCAUCAGAUCCAAAAAUAAACAACAACCCUUAUUGGGUCCUGGUAGAUUUAACAGAAGAGAAAAUAAACUCAAAAAACCAAAUUCUGUCUCUGCACCAGCGGCAACAUCAUUUCUAUACAAACCGGGAGCAGAAUUACCCAAUCUAUCCAAUUUCAUCAAUUAGACUAUAGAAAUUCGAAUUGCUUGUGAAUAUAUCAACAAAUACAACCAAGCUUUAAUACUUCGAUAGAUUUGGGGAUCCAAUGGUGUCUAUGCUAGUCACAGUGAUGCAGUCUGUAUUGGCAUACAUGCAGGUCUCUUGGCUCUUGGAGAUCUCAAAUUAACAGGGACCUUCUAUUAAGGAGUUAGUCUAUCCUGCAAAGUCAUUAAAGGCAAAAAAUCAUUAAAUGGUUAAUUAAAAGUGCCUAUCCUAUCAAGAUCUCUUAAAACUCCUUGUGCUCAUUGUUUGAAACCCGAGAAAGUGAAUUGGUUGCCCCAAUUGGGAUCUCCUGAAUAAUUGAUAAGUUGGGCAAGAAAAAUGUCUUUGCCUCCCAAUAGAAGACUGACCAAAAGAACUCAUCUAAACGUAUUCUUACAUGAACCUCCUUAAACCAGUCUUCCAGAAAAUCUGCUAGUUAAUAAUUUACCUCCUUUAAAUGAAGGCUGGAUUGUAUGGGAUAUGUGCAAUGAACCUAGUUAGAAAUACAAUCUACUUACAUUCUUAGAUAGACAAACAGCCUAAGGAAUUCCUAGUAGAACUUCAUAUAAACUAAAAACCAACUGUCUAUACAUUGAAACUAGCAUUAAGAAAUUUGAGAUUUCAAUGGAUCCCAAUAAAAUUGCUGAUGAAGUCUUUUUAGAUUCAUAAGUUUUUAUGGUCUCUGAAAUUAUAGUACCUUAACAAUCAGAUAUUGAGAUGUUAUAAAAAUAUGGAGUUCCAUUGCCUAAAGAAUUUAAGAAAUUAACCUUUGAAAAAUUGAAAUGGACCAAUUUUGAAUGGGGGAAUGAUAAUGUCGUUAUUGAUGGACAAAUGACAAUCCAAGGUUUGAAGAGCUUUAAAUUUGUACCAAUUACAAAGCAUUAACAUUUAUGA